AUGACAUCGACACAGCCUCUCGGGCCUUUCAAGCUCGUGACUGUAAACACGGCACCCGAACGCGCAAAGAGGUUAAUCGGUCGUUUGGUAGAGGCAUUGAAAGAGAAAUAUACCAUUCUACAUGUUGCUAAUGUACAAGAGAUCGGAGAUGUGAAGCCUACAGUAGAAAAAUACCAGCCGGAUAUGCUGUUCUGCGCAUCUAUGUGGACGCCCGCGCAAAGCUCCGAGAUCCAAAGCAUUGCGCGCUCAAUCAUCCCCGGCAUUAAAACCAUGGCCAUUCCUCAAGGAUUACAGGUGGAGAAGGGUCCUGAUGCAAUAGUCGAGUUUCUUCUUGAGAAAGUGCCGUUGCUUAUUGAAUCGCCUGGGACAGCUGCAUUCCGCCAGUAUUUGCCUGAUCUGAAUACACCGCGAUUUCAGACGGCGAAGGAUCAGGAUGCGUAUCAGUACGUGGAACAUUUUCAGAAGACUAAGAGCCCGCCAUGGAUAUAUGGACUUACGAAGGCCUGGGAGAAAUUGUUGGAAGAACCGUAUAAAGGCGUUACUACUGAUGGAAAUAUCAUCCCUAACUUAUUCCAUGUCCAAGAUGAAGGCAUCCCCAUCGACAAAAUCGUAACUUCAGUCGAAAACGUCCUCAACCAACUAACCCCCUCACAACAAACAAAACUCUCAUACCCCCUCAACGCCCGCGAAUGGCGCGCAUGGUCUAACCCUGAGUUCCUCCUCCGGCCCCUCGGUCUCCGUCUCGAAGAACAGCCUGCCUCCAUCUCCACAUCAAUCCUCGCCGUGCUCAAAGCCACGUUCUCGCCAGCAGGUUACCAGAAAGCCCUAUCAGCGAUGCGCAUCAACCAUUUCCUCGGCCAGCUAUGCAACAUACCCAAAGUGCUAAAUGAGCUCUCCUACAAUUUCCUGCUCUUCGGCGAGCCAUCCACAACCAAGCCCUGGGGCUGGGCGCUCUAUGGCCAUCAUCUAUGUCUUAGCGUCUUUCUCCAGGGCCCACAGAUAUUCAUCUCCCCCGCCUUCACAGGCGCGGAACCGAAUAUCAUCGACGAGGGGCCGUUUGCAGGGACGCGGAUUCUGCACAAGGAAGAAGCGCUAGGUUUGAAGCUCAUGCAGAGUUUACCUGCCGAAAGCCAGAUGAAAGCCCGCACGUACGAGCUGCUGAAAGACCCGGCCAUGGCGCUCACGGGCGAUCUGGCCGCCGAUCGCUGGAACCAGGAUGAUCAACGCAUCACCUGCGGUGCAUUUCGUGAUAACCGUAUCGUACCGUACGAAGGGAUCCUCAUCUCAGAACUUACAUCUAUUGCGCAGAAACUAGUUCUAGACAUCGUCGAGCAGUUCCUCCUCUAUCUGCCUGACGGAGCAAGGAAGCUGCGGCUGGAGCAGGUGGAGGGAUUGUUUGGCGAGACGUAUUUUAGUUGGAUUGGAGGCUUUGGUGCGAGCGAUGCGUUUUAUUAUCGGGUGCAGAGCCCAGUUGUCGUAGUAGAGUUCGAUCACCAUUCUGGGGUGUUCUUGUCGAAUCAGGAACCGGCGAGGUUUCAUACGCAUACUGUGUUGAGGAUGCCGAAUCAGGGGGAUUAUGGAUGUGCGGUCAGGAAGGGAGAGGAUAUGGUUCCGUGA